GUUAUCGUGUAGGUACCAACGUGUCUGACAGCUGCAUCUCGAGAACUGCUUGCGCUGUUUACCCGUCAACCAAUCCGAUAACAUUCGAUAAGAAUAUCGAAGCUUUCCCUUCUUGGAAUGAGCCAUUGACCUGCUUGCUCCUCCCAAGAUGACCUCGCGUCUCGUCCUGGUCAUCGGUGACCUCUUCAUCCCGGACAGAGCCCCCGAUCUUCCGGCUAAGUUCAAGAAGCUCCUCACGCCAGGCAAGAUCGGCCAGAUUCUAUGCCUCGGUAACCUCACCGAUCGCAACACGUUUGAAUUCCUCCGCCAAGUUGCCCCAGAUCUCCAAUUAGUGAAGGGCGACUUCGACGUUGAUUCCCCCAAUCUACCUCUUUCGAAAGUUGUCAACCAUGGAAGUCUCAGGAUUGGAUUCACACACGGCCAUACGAUCAUCCCCCCAGGUGAUGCGGAUGCGCUGCUCAUCGCUGCUCGCCAGAUGGAUGUAGAUAUCCUUCUCUGGGGAGGUACCCAUCGCUUCGAAGCCUUUGAGCUGGAGGGGAGAUUCUUCGUGAAUCCAGGCAGUGCGACUGGUGCUUUGAGUUCUGGAUAUUGGCCUGAUGGAGAGGAGCCAACGCCAAGUUUCUGCUUGAUGGACAUCCAGGGCGAUGUCCUUGUGCUGUAUGUUUAUCAGUUGAAGACAGAUGCCAACGGGGCAGAGACCGUUGCGGUCGAGAAAGUCUCUUACCGCAAGAACAGCAUUCCAUCCUCAUGAACUGACACUUCUCAUGCUUCCUGUACAUAUGCUAUAGAUACCAUAAUUCUCAUUCCUCCUGGACCAGUUUUCUUUCGAACCAAGUUUCGUCACUACGAACUAUACUGUUCUUAUUUCCGAGGCUGUGCCCAAAGCUUAGAUCCUGUGCCACAGCACAAGAGUAGUCAGCUGUCUCCCAGGUGCAUAGUUAUUCAUUGUCAACAUAAAGACAACCGCAAGUAGGGCAAAC